CCAGAUUCCCCUAAAAAUGCCUAUAUUUCUGGGGGAAAAAAGCAAGGUGGGGGAUUUGGGAACCUCAAGUGUCCCCUAGUGAUUCUCCCCAGCAUAAAUGCAAAUAUAGGAUACUCCAACCUCUGGCAUUGGUGUAAGGACAACGACAGCAUAAUUUAGAGUUGUCCACAGACUGAAAUAAAAACGAGUAAAUUUUUGGUGAAAAUAAUCAUGCCCCAGGUGAUAGUUCUGGCCGAGGGGUUUUCCCACACGAUUGAGGGAGGGAACACCGAAGCUAAUUGCUCCUGCGUGCUCAUCAAGGGCCGUGACAACAUUAUUGUUGACACUAUGACAGCUUGGGAUAAAGACAUAAUAAUCGAAGGUCUAGCUAAUCAUGGUGUAAGCCCCAACGACAUUGCCUUCGUUGUUUGCACACACAGCCAUGCCGAUCAUAUUGGCAAUAAUAAUUUAUUUCUAAGGGCAGAUCACAUCGUUGGAACCUGCGUCCACAACCGCACAGUCUUCACAAACGAGUUUCGAGACGCGCACUACCAACUUUGUCCGGGUGUCAAGCUCCUGCGAACUCCUGGCCACACCCACGAUGAUGUCUCGGUGAUAGUGGAGAGUACUGUUGAUGGUGAGAAAGUGACAAUUGCCAUAGUUGGGGAUCUCUUCGAGAUGGAGGAUGACCUCGCGAAACCGGAAAUAUGGCAGGCUGUCGGGGUUAAAGAGCUGAGGAAAACACAGGCGGAGAACAGAUUUCUGGUGGUCACGCUGGCUGAUUACAUUAUACCUGGUCAUGGGAAGAUGUUCAAGGUCACUGACGAAGUGAGAAGACUCCUCAAGAGCCAGAUUCCAGUGGAUUGAAACGAGUCGACUGAUGCCUGGAGAGGUCAUACCAUUGGUUGAGUCUGAUUGCUGAAUUUUUUUAUGUCAAAAGAUUCUAAACAUAUGGGUAAGGUGACGAUUAAAAUCCAGUACUUGUUCUAGUCUUCGUCUAUGGAAUCAUGAAGACAAUAAACUCUUCCUUCAGGACAUCAAAAGAAUAUUUCCCAACAGAAUUUUAUUUUUAUAAAUUAAGUUUAUUAAACAUUGGCUUUUGUAAUA